AUGUCCACGAUGGUGUACCCGAGGGAAGAGAAGCUGGAGAAGCUGUCCCAGGAAGAGAUAAUCUCCAACACCAAGCUGGUGAUCCAGGGCCUGGAGGCGCUGAAGAACGAGCACAACUCCAUCCUGCACAGCCUGCUGGAGACCAUCAAGUGCCUGAAGAAAGAUGAGGAGGCCAACCUGGUGCACGAGAAGUCCAGCCUGCUGCGCAAGUCUGUGGAGAUGAUCGAGCUGGGCCUGGGAGAAGCACAUGUAUGUAAGCCUGAUGGAGGAUCUGAGUAGCUUGGUCCCAGAUCUGUUUAGUGCUAUCUUGCAAACUUAGUUUGUUGUGACAAUGACCGUUGGCAAGACUGUAUAACAGAUCUGGGACCAGGUUCUCUGCAAAAUACUGAAGUUGGUACUAAUAUGAGUCUUCAACUUCUGUAUAUAUUUCACAGCAACUUCCUUAUUUUAUAUUAGACCAAGCUUAGGAAAACAUUCCUCAUGAUUCACCCUAACCUCAGCUAGUUGUGUUUUAGUGUCUCUGUCUUUCAUAAGGCUCUCUCUCUCACACUUACCACCGACCUCUCUGCCAUUCCCUUGUUCUCUUACUCCUCUUAUGCUGUUUCUUCAUCUGAAGAACCAGGGAGAACUAGGAUGAAAGAGAACUAAAGAGAACCAUGGACAGCUACUGAUGUGUGGUGGUCUGAUUUUAAAAUAUCCUUACCUCUUCUCCUCAGGUGAUGAUGGCCCUGUCCAACCAUCUGAACGCGGUGGAGUCUGAGAAGCAGAAGCUGCGAGCCCAGGUGCGUCGGCUAUGCCAGGAGAACCAGUGGCUGAGGGACGAGCUGGCCAACACCCAGCAGAAGCUGCAGAAGAGCGAGCAGAGCGUGGCUCAGCUGGAGGAGGAGAAGAAGCACCUGGAGUUCAUGAACCAGCUCAAGAAGUACGACGAGGACGUCUCUCCCACUGUAAGUGUCUAAGACUUGUGAUAGGUAAAAUGCAGACACAACAGAUCAGUUUCAAUUUCGAUUAUAUUGAAGAAUAGAACACACACAACUUAUUUAUCUGAUUCUGUAUGCAAUAGCGUUUCUCUGAAGCGCAGCAAACUAACCAGAGAGGAAAUCUGAAAUUAGAAUGUGAUUAACUUGGCUGUCAUGUCUUUACCGGGAAGGAAAAAUGACCUGCAGGGUCUUCCUGGAAAGGGACUGGUCAGGGCCUCAUUGAUCGAGUGGUUGAAAUGAAUCCCCCAUGGUCACGUUCAUUAGGUCACACAACAUUUUAAAACACUUUGCAACGGAAAACGAAAAUGAGCAGUAGUCCCUUCCUGUUCAGUCCGUUUUCUUCAGUUCGAUCCCGAAUGAAAACGACCCUGCAUUUAUGUAUUCUGUUCAAACUACAAAAAUGUUCAGAUAGAAAUGCAUUUUCCAGAACAGAUAUAUAAAAAAGAAAUCUAUAGAAUUGGCCAUAAUGUCAGUCCGAUUCGUUACAUUUAUAUCUGCAACAUUCUGAACAUUUCAUCUCACUAAAUUAAUCCCAGACUUUCUCCUGAGUCACUCACUGAAGCUGUAAUAGCCCACGCAAGGCUGCUGCUUAACUCGGCAGGAACCUUUCCAGAUUACACCUCUCUGGGACCACAGCCCUCGCCCGGCUAUCAGCUUUUCCAUUUUAAGGUAUUUUAAGUGGUUUCCUGUCAAAGAAAAUGCUUAUAUAUACAGUGAGGGGAAAAAAGUAUUUGAUCGCCUGCUGAUUUUGUACGUUUGCCCACUUACAAAGACAUGAUCAGUCUAUAAUUUGAAUGGUAGUUUUAUUUGAACAGUGAGAGACAGAAUAACAACAACAAAAUCCAGAAAAAUGCAUGUCAAACAUUUUAUAAAUUGAUUUGCAUUUUAAUGAGGGAAAUAAGUAUUUGACCCCUGCAAAACAUGACUUAGUACUUGGUGGCAAAACCCUUAUUGGCAAUCACAGAGGUCAGACGCUUCUUGUAGUUGGCCACCAGGUUUGCAUACAUCUCAGGAGGGAUUUUGUCCCACUCCUCUUUGCAGAUCUUCUCCAAGUCAUUAAGGUUUCGAGGCUGACGUUUGGCAACUCGAACCUUCAGCUCCCUCCACAGAUUUUCUAUGGGAUUAAGGUCUGGAGACUGGCUAGGCCACUCCAGGACCUUAAUGUGCUUCUUCUUGAGCCACUCCUUUGUUGCAUUGGGCGUGUGUUUUGGGUCAUUUGUCAUGCUGGAAUACCCAUCCACGACCCAUUUUCAAUGCCCUGGCUGAGGGAAGGAGGUUCUCACCCAAGAUUUGACGGUACAUGGCCUCGUCCAUCGUCCCUUUGAUGCAGUGUUGUUGUCUCCUGUCCCCUUAGCAGAAAAACACCCCCAAAGCAUAAUGUUUCCACCUCCAUGUUUGACGGUGGGGAUGGUGUUCUUGGGGUCAUAGGCAGCAUUCCUCCUCCUCCAAACACAGCGAGUUGAGUUGAUGCCAAAGAGCUCGAUUUUGGUCUCAUCUGACCACAACACUUUCACCCAGUUCUCCUCUGAAUCAUUCAGAUGUUCAUUGGCAAACUUCAAACGGGCCUGUAUAUGUGCUUUCUUGAGCAGUGGGACCUUGCGGGCGCUGCAGGAUUUCAGUCCUUCACGGCGUAGUGUGUUACCAAUUGUUUUCUUGGUGACUAUGGUCCCAGCUGCCUUGAGAUCAUUGACAAGAUCCUCCCGUGUAGUUCUGGGCUGAUUCCUCACCGUUCUCAAUGUCAUUGCAACUCCACGAGGUGAGAUCUUGCAUGGAGCCCCAGGCCGAGGGAGAUUGACAGUUAUUUUGUGUUUCUUCCAUUUGCGAAUAAUCGCACCAACUGUUGUCACCUUCUCACCAAGCUGCUUGGCGAUGGUCUUGUAGCCCAUUCCAGCCUUGUGUAGGUCUACAAUCUUGUCCCUGACAUCCUUGGAGAGCUCUUUGAUCUUGGCCAUGGUGGAGAGUUUGGAAUCUGAUUGAUUGAUUGCUUCUGUGGACAGGUGUCUUUUAUACAGGUAACAAGCUGAGAUUAGGAGCACUCCCUUUAAGAGUGUGCUCCUAAUCUCAGCUCGUUACCUGUAUAAAAGACACCUGGGAGCCAGAAAUCUUUCUGAUUGAGAGGGGUCAAAUACUUAUUUCCCUCAUUAAAAUGCAAAUCAAUUUAUAACAUUUUUGACAUGUGUUUUUCUGGAUCUUUUUGUUUUUAUUCUGUCUCUCACUGUUCAAAUAAACCUACCAUUACAAUUAUAGACUGAUAAUUUCUUUGUCAGUGGGCAAACGUACAAAAUCAGCAGUGGAUCAAAUACUUUUUUUCCUCACUGUAUAUGGGUGUUCCAUUACCCACAAGGGUUCUUGAAAGACGCUUCUGAAAUGUAGAAUUGAACAUCUCUUCUGGGUCGUGUUAUUAGUUGAAAACGUAACCUAAUGGUUUAGGUUUUUUUCCACCCAUCUUGAGAUUAUUAUUAAUAAAAAAUAGCUCUGGUUUUCAGAACAUCUGCCACGUUCACUGUAACGUUAUCAGUAUAUAUUGAAGAGAUAUGAAUUCUCAAAGCUUAGAAUUUUCCAACAUGGCUGAUAAAGAAACUGCCCCCAACAGCCUCACAACUGGAUUCCUGUGUCUGUGUUGAUUGGGCUAAUGAUGUGUGAUGUGGUCUAUCAGCAGGAGGAGAAGGACGGCGAGCCCCCCAAGGACUCUCUGGAUGAUCUCUUCCCCAACAAUGAAGAGGAGCAAGGCCAAGGCAGUAAGACGGAUACCACUGACAUCAUUACUACAUCCCUUAGACAGGGUUCGCACAAGGUGCUUAAAGUACUUGAAUUUGGCACUCUUAAGUUCAAGUACUGGAAAAACUUGAAAAUCAGACCUUUUCUCAAGUUGGUACUUGAAAAGUACUUGAAUUAAAAUGAGAGGAGAACAGAAAAUGAUCAAAUAUGUUAAUAUGAAAAAUAUUAGAAAAAUGUAUUGGUCUCAUGAAUUAAUUUCCAGGCUGACUGCUGAGAUUUAAUUCCUCACGUGUUUCGAGCUCUGGUUGCCAGGCGAGCUCGCUCAUUCCACCCACACUGCCACUCAGCCAGGCAUGUACAGAACUGACUGAUUAGGUGCCGCCAAAUGUCACAUUGAUAGCUAAAAUGCAGAACAAAUGUAUAUUCAAAACUACCUUUUGUGUGUCAGGAAAAUGUUAUUUCAGCACAUGAAACUUGGGACCAACACUUUACAUGUUGCGUUUUAUAUUUUUGUUCAGUAUAGUUUACCCACUUUUCUUUUUACCACUACAUCACUGUACUCAACCAACCCACACAGUGUAAGGUGCAAAAGAUGCGUCAGACUUUAACAUUGUGAGCAUGGGUGAAUUGGUCCUGAAGGGGGAUAGACACUACGCUAUAUCCUGCGCUGGCGCCAGUUCUACAUUAUGCGGCAUUUUCUCUCCAGAGCUUUUUUGCUUCAUUCAAGCGGCGCCCGCGAUAUUCUGCUUUAUCAAGCGGCAGCCGUGCUCCUGCCGUUCACAUGCCGUUUUCCUCACACAGCCCGCCCGUCCUUCUCCUGACCGGCGACAUUAAAGCUGCCAGUCGGAAGCAAGACGCUUUUUCAUAGCUUUUUAAGUAGUAGAUUCCCCGAUUUUAAAAAUACAAUACAGUCAUUGAAUUGUUUAGUAAUGCGAAUAGGAAAUGUGUGUUCACCAGUGGAGGCUCCUCAGAGGAGGAAGGGGAGGACCAUCCUCAGUGAAUUUCAUAAAAAUGUAAAUGGUAAAACAUUUCAAAAGUGAUCCUUUUUAGAUAAACUAUACUAAAUAUAAUCACGUCACCAAAUAAUAGAUUAAAACACACUAUUUUGCAAAGAAGGUCUACAGUAGCCUCAACAGCACUCUGUAGGGUAGCACCAUGGUGUAGCCGGAGGACAGCUAGCUUCCGUCCUCCUCUGGGUACAUUGACUACAAUAAAAAACCUAGGAGGCUCAUGGUUCUCACCCCCUUCCAUAGACUUAUACAGUAAUUAUGACAACGUCCGGAGGAUGUCCUUUAGCCUAUCAGAGCUCUUGCAGCAUGAACUGACAUGUUGUCCACCCAAUCAAAGGAUCAGAGAAUGAAUCUAGUACUGAAAGCAUAAGCUACAGCUAGCUAGCACUGCAGUGUAUAAAAUGUGGUGAGUGGUUGACUCAAAGAGAGAGAAAGACAAUAGUUGAACAGUUUUGAACAAAUUAAUUUCUUCCAAAAUGAAGGAGAAGCAUGAGAAAUAGUCAUUUUUUUCCAGUUUCACUUACUUAGCAAGCAAAGGCAUCUAGUUAGUUUAGCCUGCUGAAACACCCUGCUCAAACAGAGGGAUGCUAUGUUAGCUAGCUGGCUAUGACUUUCCAACACAACAUUGGAACUCUUCCAAGUCAAGGUAAGCUUUUGGUAUUACUAGUUUAUUGCCACCGGGGCCCACCGGUGUAACUGCUUACUGACUGUACACUAACGUUACUGCAUGAUUGUAGCGGGUUUACUAACGCGUUAGUUCUAUUAGCUAUGCUGAGUAUGACGUUACUUUAGCUAAUAUGUUGUGUUGUGCAUUGAAGUCCCGAAGCGAAGGGAAGAGGUGAGAGGAGGAGAGCGCAUAGAUUUGAGAAGGAAUAAAAUGUGGCUGCUAUGAAAGUGAACUGUGUUUAUGCGUAAUCAGGGGUGUAUUCGUUCCGCCGAUUUUGAUGAAAAAACGUUUCUCAAACGGAACAAAACGGGGAUAAACAUACCUGAAUUUGUCCAAUAGAAACUCUUGUUUGUAACUGUUGGACAAAUGAUUACACCCUAUAUCAGCUAGAUGCAGGCAAGACUGUUUUAAGGCGGUAUUGAAUGUCACGGUCUGUCCAUGUGCCACUGUCUGUCACCUCAAAUUUGUCUCUCGAACUGUGUGCACCUAUGUUGUAAACUUUCAUUCAUAGGCUACAACAUUAGUACAGUACUGACUGACCACUCAUGUAGUAGAUAAGUAGUGAAACACGUAUUGAGUAGAACUUGUGAGGUAGUGAUUAAUAAAUAGUAAGUUAGUUGGUUUUAUUCAUGACGUUGUGGCGACAUACUGCCAUAUGGUGGUGAACAAUUGCAUAAUAGGAACUAUUACAAAUUGAUGGUCCUUCAAAAUAAAUAUUAGUGCUUGAAAAAGUCCUUAAGUCCUUGAAUUUGACUUUCCACUGUCUGUACGAACCCUGCUUAGAGUGCUCUUAGAUAUAGUUGAAAAACCAUAUUAGCUUGUAAUGUAUUAUUGUAUCACUGUUUGUUGCCAAAAACAGGUCACCAAGUGUCCUUGCUGUUGACAUGACCUUUGCCCUCUGUGUUUUCUCCCUCCUCCACCCCCACAGUGCAGCACCAGCACAAUAGUGCGGCGGUGGCUGCAGCCCAGCAGGGAGGCUAUGAGAUCCCAGCCCGCCUGAGGACACUCCACAACCUGGUGAUCCAGUAUGCCUCGCAGGGCCGCUACGAGGUGGCCGUGCCCCUCUGCAAACAGGCCCUGGAGGACCUGGAGAAGACCUCCGGACAUGACCACCCUGACGUGGCCACCAUGCUCAACAUCCUGGCCCUGGUCUACAGGUGAGGCCUGGCAUCCUCCUUGAUCUAUACUAGGUUUGUGUUCAUUAGGGCACCCAGUAGACAACAUUUAAAAAGUGUUUUGCAACUAUUUGUUAUUGGACAAGACCCUGAUUCUUACCCUACCUGGCUUACAUAGGGACAAUGCUGCAUGAUUUGCCUGUUAUUUUGUUUGGUGUGCUUGGCUAGAUUUUCAUAGUUGCCAUGUUUGUAGAAUUUGUAGUAGUGUUGCACGGUACACCGGUACCACGGUAAUAUCACGGUACUAAAACGUCAUGAAACUUAUGAUACCAACAUUUUUGAAUACCAUAGUACCGUUUCAUAUGAUAUUACCAAAUUUCUCGUCCCUAUCGAUCUAAAGAACCAGCUGGCACCUGCUAUAAAAUGUUUAUAAAUUCUGUUACAUUUCAGUCAAUUUAAAAUAAUUAUUUAGGCCCUAAUCUAUGGAUUUCAUAUGACUGAGAAUACAGUUAUGCAUCUGUUGGCCACAGAUACCUUAAAAAGAAAAAAGUAUGGUCGUGGAUCAUAAAACCAGUCAGUAUCUGGUGUGACGACCAUUUGCCUCAUGCAGCGCGACACAUCCUUCGCAUAGAGUUGAUCAUGCUGUUGAUUGUGGCCUGUGGAAUGUUGUCCGACUCCUCUUCAUUGGCUGUGCGAAGUUGCUGGAUAUUGGCGGGAACUAGAACACGCUGUCGUACACGUUGAUCCAGAGCAUCCCAAACAUGCUCAAUGUUGGGUGACAUGUCUGGUGAGUAUGCAGGCAAUGGGAGAACCGGGACAUUUUCAGCUUCCAGGAAUUGUGUACAGACCCUUGCGACAUGGGGCCGUGCAUUAUCAUGCUGAAACAUGAGGUGAGGGCGGUGGAUGAAUGGCUUGACAAUGGACCUCUGGAUCUCGUCACAGUAUCUCUGUGCAUUCAAAUUGCCAUCAAUAAAAUGCAAUUGGGUUCGUUGUCAGGAGCUUAUGCUUGCCCAUACCAUAACCCCACCGCCACCAUGGGGCACUAUGUUCACAACGUUGACAUCAACAAACCACUCGCCCACACGACUCCAUACACGCUGUCUGCCAUCUGCCCAGUACAGUUGAAACCGGGAUACAUCUGUGAAGAGCCCACCUCUCCAGCAUGCCAGUGGCCAUCAAAGGUGAGCAUUUGCCCACUGAAAUCGGUCACGACACCGAACUGCAGUCAGGUCAAGUCCCUGGUGAGGACGACUAGCACGCAGAUGAGCUUCCCUGAGAUGGUUUCUGACAGUUUGUGCAGAAAUUAUUUGGUUGUGCAAACCCACAGUUUCAUCAGCUGUCCAGGUGGCUGGUCUAAGACUAUCCCGCAGGUAAAGAAGCCGGAUGUGGAGGUCCAGGGCUGGUGUGGUUCCAUGUACUGACAAACUCUCUAAAACGACGUUGGAGGCGGCUUAUGGUAGAUAAAUUAACAUUCAAUUCUCUGGCAACAGCUCCGGUAGACAUUCCUGCAGUCAGCAUGCCAAUUGCACGCUCCCUCAUAACUUGAGACAUCUGUGGCAUUGUGUUGUGUGACAAAACUGCACAUUUUAGAGUGGCCUUUUAUUGUCCCCAGCACAAGAUGCACCUGUGUAAUGAUCAUGCCGUUUAAUCACCUUCUUGAUAUGCCACACCUGUCAGGUGGAUGGAUUAUCUUGGCAAAUGAGAAAUGCUCUUUAACAGGGAUGUAAACAAAUGUGCCAAAAAAUUGAGAGAAAUUAGCUUUUUGUGCUUAUGGAACAUUUCUGGGAUCUUUUUAUUUCAGCUCAUGAAACAUGGGACCAACCCUUUACAUGCUGCGUUUUAUAUUUUUGUUCAGUAUACAGUACCAGUCAAAAGUUUGGACACACCUACUCAUUCAAGGGUUUUUCUUUAUUUUUACUAUUUUCUACAUUGUAGAAUAAUAGUGAAGACAUCAAAACUAUGAAAUAACACCUUUGGAAUCAUAUAGUAAACAAAUCAAAAUAUAUAUUUUAUAUUUGAGAUUCUUCAAAUAGCCACCCUUUGCCUUGAUGACAGCUUUACACACUCUUGGCAUUCUCUCAACCAGCUUCAUGAGGUAUUCACCUGGAAUGCAUUUUAAUUAACAGGUGUGCCUUGCUAAAAGUUAAUUUAAGUUAAUUUAUUUCCUUAAUGCGUUUGAGCCAAUCAGUAGUGUUGUGACAAGGUAGGGGUGGUAUACAGAAGAUAGCCCUAUUUGGUAAAAGACCAAGUCCAUAUUAUGACAAGAACAGCUCAAAUAAGCAAAGAGAAACGACAGUCCCAUCUUUACUUUAAAACAUGAAGGUCAGUCAAUCCGGAACAUUUCAAGAACAUGCAGUCGCAAAAACCAUCAAGCGCUAUGAUAAAAUUGACCCUCAUGAGGACCGCUACAGGAAAGGAAGACCCAGAGUUACCUCUGCUGCAGAGGAUAAGUUCAUUAGUUAACUGCACCUCAGAUUGCAGCCAAAAUAAAUGCUUCACAGAGUUCAAGUAACAGACACAUCUCAACAUCAACUGUUCAGAGGAGACCGUGUGAAUCAGGCCUUCGUGGUUGAAUUGCUACAAAGAAACCACUACUAAAGGACACCAAUAAGAAGAAGAGACUUACUUGGGGCAUGAAAUACAAGCAAUGGACAUUAGACCGGUGGAAAUGUGUCCUUUGGUCUGGAGUCGAAAUUUUAGAUUUUUGGUUCCAUCCGCCGUGUCUUUGUGAGACGCAGAGUAGGUGAACGGGUGAUCUCUGCAUGUGUGGUGGUGCUUUGCUGGUGACACUGUCUGUGAUUUAUUUAGAAUUCAAGGCACACUUAACCAACAUGGCUACCACAGCAUUCUACAAUCAUACGUCAUCCCAUCUGGUUUGGGAUUAGUGGGACUAUCAUUUGUUUUUCAACAGGACAAUGACCCAACACACCUCCAGGCUGUGUAAGGGCUAUUUGACCAAGAAGGAGAGUGAUGGAGUGCAGCAUCAGAUGACCUGAUCUCCACAGUCACCCGACCUCAACCAAAUUGAGAUGGUAUGAGUUGGACCGCAGAGUGAAGGAAAAGCAGCUAAAAGCGCUCAGCAUAUGUGGGAAAUCCUUCAAGACUGUUGGAAAGACAUUCCUCAUGAAGCUGGUUGAGAGAAUGCCAAGAGUGUGCAAAGCUGUCAUCAAGGCAAAGGGUGGCUAGUUUGAAGAAUCUCAAAUCUCAAAUAUAUUUUGAUUUGUUUAACACUUUUUUGGUUAUUUCCAUAUGUGUUAUUUCAUAGUUUUGAUGUCGUCACUAUUAUUCUACAAUGUAGAAAAUAGUAAAAAUAAAGAAAAACCCUUGAAUGAGUAGUUGUGUUAACUUUUGACUCGUACUGUAUAUAAAAAUUCACGGGACGCUAGGCCACUGAAUAUACCCCCCUGUGGUUCCUCGAUACUACUCGGUAUCAUAAUACUUGGCCUGGUAUCGUAAGUAAAAUGUUGAUAUCGUGACAACUCUCAUUUGUAGUAUUAAUCGUUCAGUGCAUAUGUUCUAUUUUGGCUGAAUUUUUGCAUUUCUAUGCAUGUGGUGAAGACGGCACAGUAUGACUUGGCAGUGUGCAUGUAUGCUGAGAUCAUAUUGGACUAUCUCUCUCUCUCCAGGGAUCAGAACAAAUACAAAGAGGCCGCCCAUCUGCUCAACGAUGCUCUGUCCAUCCGGGAGAAGACUCUCGGUAAAGACCACCCCGCUGUAAGCAAGGAUCUUCGUUGUCAUGACAACCACACUAUGUGUCAGCUGAUCUUUUGUCAUCAGUUCAUAAUAGCCAGAAUGUCUCUGUCUCUGUGAAGGCAAUAAUGUAUUUACCGUCCCACACUGCGUAUCUGGAUGGAUUUAUUGCUUAAUCCACAUCAAUUCCUUGUAUGGAUUUCUGUCGCUGGUCUCACUUACAUGAGUCAUCAAUUACAACCGUUCAAUACCCUUUCACCUAAACCCGGAACUAAUGUAAUCGUUAAAUCCAAUCAUUUCCAAAACAACAUCACACCAUUUCAUCAACAUCCAUGGGAGUGGAUGGAUAACAAUAGUUUGUGUCCCAAAUGGCACCCUAUUCUUUAUAUAGUGCACUACUUUUGACCAGGACUUUAUGUAGGGAAUAGGGUGCCGUUUAGGCACAGACUCGUACUCUGCUGGUGAAGUCAAGGGAAAGAAAGGAUGACUAUAUGUAUUUACUGAAGAAUAAGGGUUGGAAGUAGGCAAUUUGAAGCUCCGCACUAGGGUCCAUGCCCCUCCCUCCCGGUCUCUCCCUGGCCAUGUGGACAAACUAAUGAAAUACUGUGUUAGCUAUAGCCAUCUCACACAUACCAGGCCCUAGAGACUAAUGGCAAAAAGAUGACAGAUGCUUGUUAGAUUGGGCAAUAUCCAUUUUAUGUUCUUGAUACAUCACCUGAUGACAUGGAUAGAAAUAUCUAUAUUUUUGCUCAAGGGUACAUCGACAGAUUUUUCACCUAGUCGGCUCUGGGAUUCGAACCAGUGACCUUUCCAUUACUGGCCCAACACUCUUAACCGCUAGGCUACCUGCCAUCAUAGAUAAGAGUGACACUAACUCCAAGUUGUGUAAUCCUCACUGUGUGUGUGGUUUGUGCGUGUCAUCCAGGUUGCCGCCACCCUCAACAACCUGGCCGUGCUCUAUGGGAAGAGGGGCAAGUACAAGGAGGCCGAGCCAUUAUGCAAGAGAGCCCUGGAGAUAAGAGAAAAGGUAGGCCACAUCCAUGGACCUCUUAUCUAUUACACUCCUGACAUAAGAUUGCUCAAAUCACCUCAAAACACACUCUUAUCUAGGCCUCAGUUCUGAUAGAAACUCUCGAAUCAAUGCUGAAUGAAAUUCCUAUGAUGUGAUAAUUAUAAUAAUGGGUGAUAAAAAUAAAUUUCAACGGAACAAUUGCUACACUUGUCACUAUAAACGGGAGAAAAAAGGUCAAGUUAUGUUCUUAAUGCGUCUAAUGAAGUUCACAUCAGGGGUCAUCUUGUCUGAAGCAAUUACAGGGAUUAAUUGAGAUCACAUUAAGUAAAAGUGAUAACGUAGAGAGGUAGGGGAGAGAGGUAGGGGAGAGAGGUAGGGGGAGGAAGGGGAACGGGAACAGAGGGAGGUUUAGAAGAAAAGAGAAAACCGUGCAGACAGAACAUAGUAGAUAAGUUUUGUGCCUCAGUCCCGAGCAGCACGCUCCGUAUUGAUCUGGCUUUUAUUCGAUUUACUCCACCUGACACAGUGGGUGGACAUGUUAACUGCUGAAAGAAAUUGUUUAAUAAAGCAGAUAGACAUAUGUACAAAGAAAACAUAAUCAAAGGUUGAGACGUAUGGAGGACUAAAAGUGCCACAAUUAAAUAAAUAAAUACACCAUUAAAUAAUUACUUAAAUGUGUCAUUAAUUAAUUAAAAUUAGAAUUAAAUACAUAAAUGUGUUAUUAAAUGUGUCAUUAAUUAAUUCAAAUACCGAUUCAUUUUAUGUAAAAUACAUAUAAUUAUUUCACUAUUUACAUUUACAUUUCAUGAUCCUGCAUUGCAGUGAUUCAUGAAUUACUUAAAACUGUCAAACUGACCCAUCAAAAGUUGGUAGGCGGAACCUAACGCCUGAUUGGUUACCCUCUGCAUCAAGCCAAGACAAAUAAAUUCCGGAUAAUGUCAGCAGGUCCUGCUUCUACAUCCUCUGCUAAGUUUAAAAUGUCUCUAACCAACUCCCUGGAAAGUUCACGGAGAUCCUCCAUUGUCUCUAUCCAGGUUGGCCUACUCUACUUCAGACCAAAGCAAUGGAUCAGACUAGAUUCGCGUUAGCCCCGCCCACUGACUUUGAUGGGUCAGUUUGACAGUUUUAAGUAAUUCAUGAAUCACUGCAAUGCAGGAUCAUGAAAUGUAAAUGUAAAUAGUGAAAUAAUUAUAUAUGUAUUUUACAUAAAAUGAAUCGGUAUUUGAAUUAAUUAAUGAUACAUUUAAUUACACAUUUAUGUAUUUAAUUCUAAUUUGAAUUAAUUAAUGACACAUUUAAUUAAUUAAUGACACAUUUAAGUAAUUAUUUAAUGGUGUAUUUAUUUAUUUAAUUGUGGCACUUUUAGUCCUCCAUAGAGACGUACUAAAAUGGUAAUUCAAUGGUAGACAACAAAACAGAAAGUGCUUGAUUGCCUACCGUGCGCCACCUAUGCUCUCUGCCUGCAGCUCUAAGAUACACUAUACAUACAAAAGUAUGUGGACACCCCUUCACAUUAGUGGAUUCGGCUAUUUCAGCCACAACCGUUGUUGACAGGUGUAUAAAAUCGAACACACAGGAAUGCCAUCUCCAUAGACAAACAUUGGCAGUAGAAUGGCCUUAUUGAAGAGCUCCAUGACUUUCAACGUGGCACCGUACUGGAUGCCACCUUUCCAACAAGUCAGUUUGUCAAAUUUCUGCCCUGCUAGAGCUUCCCCGGUCAACUGUAAGUGCUGUUAUUGUGAAGUGGAACUGUCUAGGAGCAACAACGGCUCAGCCACGAAGUGGUAGGCCACACAAGUUCACAGAAUGGGACAGACGAGUGCUGAAGUGCGUAGCGCGUAAAAAUCGCCUGUCCUCGGUUGCAACACUCACCACCGAGUUCCAAACUGCCUCUGGAAGCAACGUCAGCACAAGAGCUGUUCGUCGGGAGCUUCAUGAAAUUGGUUACCAUGGCCGAGCAUCUGCACACAAGCCUAGUAUCACCAUGCGCAAUGCCAAGCGUCGGCUGGAGUGGUGUAAAGCUCGCGACCAUUGGAGCAGUGGAAACAAGUUCUCUGGAGUGAUAAGAUGCCAGGAGAACGCUACCUGCCCAAAUGUGUAGUGCCAGCUGUAAAUUUUGGUGGAGGAGGAAUAAUGGUCUGGGGCUGUUUUUCAUGGUUCAGGCUCCUUAGUUCCAGUGAAGGGAAAUCUUAACGCUACAGCAUACAAUGACAUUCUAGAUGAUUCUGUGCUUCCAACUUUGUGGCAACAGUUUGGGAAAGCCCUUUCCUGUUUCAGCAUGACAAUGCCCCCGUGCACAAAGCGAGGUCCAUACAGAAAUGAUUUGUCGAGAUCGGUGUGGAAGAACUUCACUGGCCAGUACAGAGCCCUGACCUCAACCCCAUUGAACACCUUUGGGAUGAAUUGGAGCGCCGACUGCGAGCCAGGCCUAAUCGCCCAACAUCAGUGCCCGAACUCACUAAUGCUCUUGUGGCUGAAUGGAAGCAAGUCCCCGCAGCAAUGUUCUAACAUCUAGUGGAAAGCCUUCCCAGAAAAGUGGAGGCUGUUAUAGCCGCAAAGCGGGGACCAACUCCAUAUUAAUGCCCAUGAUUUUGGAAUGAGACGUUCAACGAGCAGGUGUCCACAUACUUUUGGUCAUGUAGUAUACUUGUAUAAUAUGCUUAGUAAUGCUACUGAUUGUGUUAACGUUUUGGCAGUUUUUAUUUCACCGUUUUAUAACUGUUGGUAAAAUGUAUGUUAUUUCACCAUUCAACGAUGUGAUUCGUUCAUACAACCAUAUCGAUAAAUACAUAGAAUACUGUAUUGUAAAAAACAUAUAAAUACAGAUAUAACUUGUGUUUGUCCCUCUCAGGUACUGGGCAAGGAUCACCCAGAUGUGGCCAAGCAGCUGAACAACCUGGCCCUGCUGUGUCAGAACCAGGGCAAGUAUGAAGAGGUAGAGUACUACUACUGCCGCGCCCUGGAGAUCUAUGAGUGCAGACUUGGUCCCGACGACCCCAACGUGGCAAAGACAAAGAACAACCUGGUGAGUACUUCUGGGCAACACCUGGGUGGUGUUCAUUAGGCACCAAACCCCCAAUUAACAUGGCCAUGCUUUCAUACUAACUCACUCUAUGUGGGUAAUGUCCUAUAGAGGUUCUGUGUUGUUUACAAAACAUAAUUAUCUACGUUUAGUGGGUCCCACACACACAUGCUUGUGAGAAUAGCUACUGUCCCUUGUGUGCAUAGUCAUUCACCUAUAAAUAAACACCCACAUAUGCCAUGUGUGAAUUAGUUUGAACUUGCAUGUUUGGUUAGUUAGGGUUUCUGUGUCGCUAGAUUAAUUCAAAAUCAAAUUGUACUUGUCACAUGCACCGAAUACAACAGGUGUAUACUUUACCGUGAAAUGCUUACUUAUGAACCCUUUCCCAACAAUGCGAAGUUAAAAAGUAAGAAACAUGCAAAAAAGGCAAUAGUAACACAAAGUAACAUCCUCAUAGAGGAUCUAGAUACAUUUUCUAACCUCUCUGGAUUACAACCAAAUUAUGACAAAUGUACUAUAUUACGUAUUGGAUCACUAAAAAAUAAAAAAUUUACAUUACCAAUAAAAUGGUCUGAUGGUGAUGUGGAUAUACUUGGAAUACAUAUCCCAAAGGAAAUAAAUGAUCUCACUUCAAUAUAUUUUAAUAGAAAGUUAGCAAAAAUAGAUCAGAUCUUACUACCAUGGAAAGGAAAAUAGCUGUCAAUUUGUGGAAAAAUCACCCUGAUUAACUCUUUAGUAUUAUCCCAGUUUACCUAUUUGCUUAUGGUCUUGCCUACGCCUAGCGAACAGUUUUUUUUUUAAAAUUACAUGAGAAAAAAAUAUUCUAUUUUAUUUGGAACGGCAAGCCAGACAAAAUUAAAAGGGCCUAUUUAUAUAAUUAAUAUGAAUUCGGAGUACAGAAAUUAUUAAAUAUUAAAGCAUUAGACCUAUCACUAAAAGCUUAAGUCAUACAAAAGUUAUACUUAAAUCCGAACUGGUUCUCAAGCAAAUUAGUAAGAUUGUCUCACCCAAUGUUCAAGAAAGGCCUUUUUCCCUUUAUUCAGAUUACAACAACUCAUUUUCAGUUAUUUGAAAAGGAAAUCAUCUCCCAAAUAUCACUAUUUCUAAAACAAGCCAUAGAAAGUUGGUUGCAAUUUCAAUUUAAUCCUCCAGAAACGACAGAACUAAUAAUGCAACAAAUAUUGUGGUUAAAUUCAAAUAUACUAAUUGACAAAAAACCUUUCUUUCUUGACAGAAUGUUUAAAAAAGGUAUAAUCUUCGUAAAUAAUAUCAUCGGUAGGACUGGUGGAGUUAUGUCGCACAUGCAGCUAACAAAAACAUAUGGAAAUGUCUGCUCUACCCAAAAUUACAACCAAAUAAUUGCAGCCUUACCGCAAAAGUGGAAGAGGAAAGUGGAAGGGGGAGAAAGUAAGGAACUUGUCUGUCGGCCUUGCAUUAAAGAACAUAAUUGGUUAAGGAAAACUGUGAUAAAUAAGAAAGUAUAUCAGUUUCAUUUAAGGACCAAAGGAUUGACAGCCAUCCCAUAUAGAUUGCAAAAUAGUUGGGAAGAGAUUUUUGACGUACCGAUCCCAUGGCAUAGUGUUUAUGAACUGAUACGCAAAACGACGCCGGAUUCAAAAAUUUGCAUCUUUCAAUUUAAAUUAUUAUAUAAAAUUCUUGCUACCAAUAGAAUGUUAUUUAUAUGGGGAUACAAUCUUCCCAGCUCUGCAGAUUUUGCUGUGAAGAGACAGAAUCAUUAGAUCAUUUGUUUUGGUUCUGUCCAUUUGUAGCUUGUUUUUGGACACAGGUCCAGGAAUGGCUAAAGGAUUGCAAUAUUUACCUGGAGCUAACCUUGCAGAUAGCAUUACUGGGUGAUCUGAAAAGUCAUAGUCAAUCGAUCAAUAAUAUAAUAAUACUUUUAGCAAAAAUGUUUAUUUUAAAUUCACAAUCUGUAGAAGCAAUGAGAAUAGAAAGGUUCAGAACUUUUGUAAAACAUCACAGUACGGUUGAAAAAUAUAUGGCAAAUAGAAAUCCAAUAUGGAUGGUGUUAAAAGAUAGAUGGGAGGUAUUGAAUGGAGUUGAAGGAUGGGACUAAUAACAAAUAACAACAAAUAACAACAAGAUAACUAAUAAUGUAAGCAUACUGUGUCCAUAAUUAGUAUAUAGGUUGUAUGUUGGGAGCUUUUGGGAAAGAGCACAGUUAGAAAGAUAUGGCAUAUAGAAGCAAACCGGAUGGACAUCAUGAAAAUGAUCGGAGAGGUUGAGAGUAGAAGUAGUUCAGGAGCAAAAAAAAUAAAAAAAAUAAAAAUAAUUAUUAUUGUAAAAUUGACUGUCCAUAAGGUGUAGAUAGUAAGUAUAGGCUGGAAGUAGAGGCCUGGGCAUUGUUGUUCACUAAUUUACCCCAAGUAGGGAAAGGAUGACUGGGUUGAAAAGUAAUAAAGGAGUAUAUAUAUAAAAAACAUGGGGGAUUGGAAGUGAUGCAGACAAUUACAUUGAUAGAAGAUACAAUCUAUCUGCAAUAUUAAGCUGAUCUACCCCCCAUAAAAAAAACAUAACGAGACGAGACGAUAUACAAGGAGUACCGGUACCGAGUCAAUGUGCAGGUGUACGAGGUAGUAGAGGUAAUAUGUACAUGUAGGUAGUGGUAAAAAUGACUAGGCAAUCAGGAUAAAUAAUAAACAUGGUAGCAGCAGCGUGAAAGUAUGUGUGUGUGGCAUCAAUAUGCGUUUGUAUGUUUUGUGUGUCAGCGUAUGUAGUGUAUGUGUUGGAGUGUCAGGGUAGUGUGUGGGUAGAGUCCAGUGAGUGUGCAUAGAACCGGUGCAAAUAAAAUACCUCAACACCCGUUGAAUAUGGCUGGUGUCAGUAAACGUCAGCAAAAAAUGUAAGUAAAUUGUUGCCAGCAGCACAGUUACAGUCACCAAAGCUCUGGAUAACAUGAAAACAGCCUAACCAUCUCUGCUAGGGCGAGUAAAAUGGUCAGAGUGAGGUGUUCUUUCAUUUGUGUCUGGAAGUGGCUAGCAAGCCAGUUAGCUUGGGUGCUUGACUGCCGUUGUGAGGUCAGAACGCUCGGAUCAACCCUACUCCUCGGCCAAAUCAUGUCUGCUUUAUGAUUGAGGGGCUGUAUUGAGACCCAAAGGCAGGCGCAGUAGUGCUAUAUCAUUGUUCAUGAGCCCCUGAACUACACUUGGGAAAUAUGUGCAUGGAUGGAUUGGACAAGUUCUUUUAGGGAGCUGUGUGAUUCAAUACCCUUGUUUGAUACAACAUUCUCUUCUCUCUUUUCUCUAAAGGCAUCCUGCUUUCUCAAACAGGGCAAAUACAAGGAGGCUGAGAUUCUGUACAAAGAGAUUCUGACCCGUGCCCACGAGAAAGAAUUUGGAUCUGUCGAUGGUAAGAACAGUACAGUACAAUGCUUUUCAAUUAAGCUCUCACCUCAGAGGGGGAAUAUGGUUUUCUAUAGUCAUAAUAUGAGCAGAACUGGUGGAGGUGGUAGGGCAGGGUUCCCUUAGAAAGUACAUUGGAGAUGUCUUUAAAGAUGUUAUCUUUCUUCUCGAUUUGCCUCUUGUCUUACCCCAGCGAGCAGAGCCACUGACGGACACAGGGUUAAAAAAUGGACAGUGUUCUAAACAGGGUGCUGUUCGUUCGUCAAGGCACGACUGGCUCACCAGUCAGGAUGAGAGGAUUUUCUGAAGAAAAUAAAAAGGCUUUUUCCUGGUUUAACAGGUUAACUUUCCUUGCUCUUAUUCCUUUGGGAUAAACUCAAGGGAUUCGAUAUCCUACUUUAGAAUGUCACAUUGGUACAAAAAUUGUUUGAAUGAGUGCGACUUGGCACAGGGGAACACUCAAGCUGACUAAACUAAAAUAGUUUGGUUGGUUCUCAAAAUUGCCUUGAAGCGUUUUCAUGAAUUGAGACAAGGCAGGUCUUUUGUUUCUGUUGGUCGCCUGAAGUUUAGACAGAGCUGUUGCGGUAUACCAAUUUUACGAUGUGUGUUAUAUUAUCUUUUUAUUCUUAAAAUGAAGUAUAUUUGUGAUCUCUGUCUCAACACAUACUAAACACUCUGCAUUUUUAUAUUGCGGUAAGGCAAAGAUGCUGUCAUGGGUUUAUGGGUUUUAUUCGUUUAUUGAUUUAUACCUUUUUUUGGUUAAUUGAUCUCUCCUCAGUUGAUCUGGCAUUAGGGAGUAGCAUUCAUAGCAUUUUCAAGGCAAUCAUUUGAAACACUGUUCUUGCUUAAUAUUUCUAAAGGGGCAGAUGAGCUUUUGUGUUGUAUUAUGCACAAUUAUCAUACUGCAUGGGUUUGUGUGAAAUGCAUGAAUGUUUUAAGAAUACACAUUUAACCCAUCAGGAUUCAUAGUUUGUAUUUUUGGGAUUAUGUGUUUAAAUGUACACAGUGUCAUUAACAUAGUAGUACUCAAUGUAAGAGUACUGAAUCACACAGUACAUUGCAUUUCUUUCUCCAUCCUGUUUCAAAACUCAAACACAUAUUUGUAGUCUACCUUAAUCCUUAAACUCUUGGCAUGUGGGUAAAAUACCUUACUUAAUUGGUCCAGUUUCAAUAAGAGAAACCGUAUUUAGCAGUUCACAUUUUUAUCUCUAGGAGAAAUGUUAUUAAUAGAACAGUCAAUUUCUUGUGAAAUUGUAAAGGAAAAGUCCCAAGUCUUGAUCAUUAAUUAAUCAGAAUAACUAUUGGUUUGAAACAAUGACACCUUAAAAGGAAAACUUUUAUCCCACCUGUCUGAAGAAUAAUGCAUCACACACUUUAAAGAAUAGAAAUGAGAGGUGCACUGCCCGGUCCUCAGAGCAUAUACAGUAUUCAGAAAGUAUUCAUACCCGUUUAGUUGUGUUACAGCCUGAAUUCAAAAUUGAUUAAAUGUUUUUUUCUCACCCGUCUACACACAAUACCCCAUAAUGUGAAAGUGAAAACAUGCUUAGAAAUGAUUGCAAAAUUAUUUUAAAUGAAAUACACAUCUCACUUACAUAAGUAUUCACACCCCUGAGUCAAUACAUGUUAGAAUCACCUUUGGCAGCAAUUACAGCUGUGAGUCUUUCUGGGUAAGUUUCUAAGAGCUUCUGCACACCUGGAUUGUACAAUAUUUGCCCAAUAUUAUUUUCAAAAUCCGUCAAGCUCUGUCAAAUUGGUUGUUGAUCAUUGCUAGACAACCAUUUUCAAGUCUUGCCAUAGAUUGUCAAGCAGAUUUAAGUCAAAACUGUAACUCGGUCACUCAGGAACAUUCACGGUCUUCUUGGUAAGCAACUCCAGUGUAGAUUUGGCCUUUUGUUUUAGGUUAUUGUCAUGCUGAAAGGUAAAUUCAUCUCCCAGGGUCUGGUGGAAAACGGACUGAACUAGGUUUUCCUCUAGGAUUCUGCUUGUGCGUAGCUCAAUUCUGUUUAUUUUUUAUCCUGAAAAACUCCUUAGUCCUUAACGAUUACAAGCAUACCCAUAAUAUGAUGCAACCACCACUAUGCUUGAAAAUAUGGAGAAUGGUACUCAGUAAUGUGUUGUAUUGGAUUUGCCCCAAACAUAAAACUUUGUAUUCAGGACAAAAAGUGAAUUGCUUUGCCACAUUUUUUGCAGUAUUACUUUAGUGCCUUGUUGCAAACCAGAUGCAUGUUUUGGAAAAUGUGUAUUCUGUACAAGCUUCCUUCUUUUCACUGUCAAUUAGGUUAGUAUUGUGAAGUAACUACAAUAUUGUUGAUCCAUCCUCAGUUUUAUCCUAUCACAGCCAUUAAACUCUAACUGUUUUAAAAUCUACCAAUAGGUGCCCUUUGCGAGGCAUUGGAAAACCUCCCUGGUUUUUGUAGUUGAAUCAGUGAUUUGAAAUUCACUGCUCAACUGAGGGACCUUACAGAUAAUUGUAUGUGUUGGGGUACAGAGAGGAGGUAGUCAUUCAAAAAUAAUGUUAAACACUGUUAUUGCACACAGAGUGAGUCCAUGCAACGUAUUAUGUGACUUGUUAAGCACAUUUUUACUAAGUAUUUAGGCUUGCCAUAUCAAAGGGGUUGAAUACUUAUUGACUCAAGUUUCUAAAAACAAAAUUUCGCUUAUGUGGUAUUGUGUGUAGGCCAGUGACAGAAAAUCUCAAUUUUACCCAUUUUAAAUUCAGGCUGGAACGCAACAAAAUGUAGAAAAAGUCAAGGGUUGUGAAUACUUUCUGAAGGCAUUCGGAAAGUAUUCAGACCCCUUGACUUUUUCCACAUUUUGUUACGUUACAGCCUUAUUCUAAAAUUGAUUGAAUAAAAUAAUUUUGUCAUCAAUCUACACAAAAUACCCCAUAAUGACAAAGCGAAAACAGGUUUUUAGAAAUGUAAGCAAAUGUAUUACAAAUAAAAACCAAAAUACCUUAUUUACAUAAGUAUUCAGACCCUCUGCUAUGAGACUCGAAAAUUGAGCUCAGGUGCAUCCUGUUUCCAUUGAUCAUCCUUGAGACACUUCUACAACUUGAUUGGAGUCCACCUGUAGUAAAUUGAAUUCAUUGGACAUGAUUUGGAAAGGCACCUGUCUAUAUAAGGUCCCAUAGUUGACAGUGCAUGACAGAGCAAAAACCAAGCUAUGAAGUCGAAAGAAUUGUCCGUAGAGAUCCGAGACAGGAUUGUGUCUAGGCACAGAUCUAGGGAAGGGUACCAAAACAUUUCUGCAGCAUUGAAGGUCCCCAAGAACACAGUGGCCUCCAUCAUUCUUAAAUGGAAGACGUUUGGAACCACCAAGACUGUUCUUAGCUGGCCACCCGGCCAAAAUGAGCAAUCGGGGGAGAAGGGCCUUGGUCAGGGAGGUGACCAAGAAGCUGAUGGUCACUGACAGAGCUCCAGAGUUCCUCUGUGGAGAUGGGAGAACCUUCCAGAAGGACAACCAUCUCUGCAGCACUCCACCAAUCAGGCCUUUAUGGUAGAGUGGCCAGAUGGAAGCCACUCCUCAGUAAAAGGCACAUGACAGCCCGCUUGGAGUUUUCCAAAAGGCACCUAAAGGACUCUCAGACCAUGAGAAACAAGAUUCUCUGGUCUGAUGAAACCAAGAUUGAACUCUUUGGCUUGAAUGCCAAGUGUCACGUCUGGAGGAAACCUGGCACCAUCCCUAAGGUGAAGCAUGGUGGUGGCAGCAUCAUGCUGUGGGGAUGUUUUUCAGAGGCAGGGACUGGGAGACUAGUCAGGAUUGAGGGGUAAAAUAUAUACGGAGCAAAGUACAGAGCGAUCCUUGAUGAAAACCUGCUCCAGAGCGCUCAGGAUCUCAGACUGGGGGCGAAGGUUCACCUUCCAACAGGACAACGACACUAAGCACACAGCCAAGACAACGCAGGAGUGGCUUCGGGACAAGUCUCUCAAUGUCUGAGUGGCCCAGCCAGAGACCGGACUUGAACCCGAUGGAACAUCUCUGGAGAGACCUGAAAAUAGCUGUGCAGCUACGCUCCCCAUCCAACCUGCCAGAGCUUGAGAGGAUCUGCAGAGAAGAAUGGGUGAAACUCCACAAAUACAGGUGUGCCAAGUUUGUGGCUGCAUACCCAGACUCAAGGCUGUAAUCGCUGCCAAAGGUGCUUCAACAAAGUACUGAGUAAAGGUUCUGAAUACUUAUGUAAAUGUGAUAUUUCUGUUUUUUUAUAUUUUAUAAAUAUGCAAACAUUUAUAAAAACCUAUUUUUACUUUGUCAUUAUGGAUUAUUGUGAGUAGAUUGAUGAGAAUUAGUAUUUUUUAAAUCAAUUUUGGAAUAAGGCUGUAACGUAAAAAAUGUGGAAGAAGUCAACGGGUCUGAAUACUUUCCGAAUGCACUGUAUGUCUGUUUGUGGUCAGCCUGACCGAUCUUUGUACAGAACACCUCUUCUGUCUCGUUUUCUGCAGCUGAGAACAAACCCAUCUGGAUGCACGCGGAAGAGAGGGAGGAGAUGAGCAAGGUGGGUUGUGUGUAUUUACCUGUGUUCUCACAUGUACUUAAGGUCUUACUAGGUGGAGCUCUAUAACACAUCUGUAUACCAGCAGGAAUGUAGUAGUUCCUGUCUGAAGUUCCACUCUCACAUUUUACCACUCCCACUCAACGUCUCUCCUUCUCUCUUUAAUUACUUCCAGGGCAAGCACAGAGACAACACCCCGUACGGCGAGUGUGGAGGCUGGUAUAGGGCCUGCAAAGUCAACAGGUGAGCCACGAGUUGUGCUGACGUAGCUGAGACAAAGCAUUAGUCAGUCAGUAGUUUGGCCCCUAUUCAUAUUGACAUUGUGACACUAAGAUUGUGUAUUUCAACAUCUUCAGGAUAUUAGGCCAAUUUAAUGGUGUCAAUUUGGCAUGGAGCUAUUAAGAGAUUCAUUAAGUUCUUUCAAAAUAUUUUACCCUGAAGUAUUAUCCAAAUGAGUCCUUGCAGCAAAACUAUCAUAAUGGGAAGAAGUUUUGCUAUAAUCCCAAACAAUGUCUAUGUAUAAUCUUCAGAAAGUGAGAACACACACACACACAUACUACAAAUAAUAUAAAAUAUGUCGUUGAACUGGUCAUCUUGAACAUGGUCAUCUGCCUUUAUCAGUAUGAGUGACCAUUGCUGUGUCUGUCUACCUGCAGCCCUACAGUGAACACCACUCUGAGAAACCUGGGGGCUCUGUACCGCCGACAGGGCAAGCUGGAGGCCGCAGAGACCCUGGAGGAGUGUGCCAUGAGGUCCCGCAAGCAGGUACAUACAGUGAGCUCCAGAAGUAUUGGGACAGUGAAUUUUGUUGUUGUUUUGGCUCUGUACUCCAGCACUUUGGAUUUUAAAUGAUACAAUAACUAUGGAGUUUAGACUGUCAGCUUUAGUUUGAGUGUAUUUUCAUCCAUAUUGGGUGAACCGUUUUGAAAUAACAGCAUUUUUUGUACAUAGUCCCCCCAUUGUAGGGGACCAAAAGUGUAGGGAUGUAGCUCAGUUGGUAGAGCAUGGCAUUUGCAACGCCAGGGUUGUGGGUUCGAUUCCAGUAUAAAAAAUAAAAAUGUAUGCACUCACUAACUGUAAGUCGCUCUGGAUAAGAGCGUCUGCUAAAUGACUAAAAUGUAAAUGUAAAAAUGGUACAAAUUCACUUAUGUCUAUUAAAGUAGUAAAAGGUUAAGUAUUUGGUCACACAUUCAUAUUCAUUGGUCCCAUACGCAAUGACUACAUCAAGCUUGUGACUACAAAUUUGUUGGAUGCAUUUGCUGUUUGUUUUGGUUUUGUUUGAGAUUAUUUUGUUCCCAAUAGAAAUGAAUGGUAAAUGAUGUAUUGGAGUCACUUUUGUUGUAAAGAAGAAUAUAAUAUGUUUCUAAACACUUCUACAUUAAUGUGGAUGCUACCAUCAUUACGGAUAAUCCUGAAUGAAUCGUGGAUAAUGAUGAGUGAGAAAGUUAGAGGCAUAAAUAUCAAUCUCCCCCCAAAAUGCUAACCUCCCCUGGUAUUGAAAUGGUGAGAGAUUAGCAUGUCUUGGGGGUAUGAUAUUUGUGCGUCUAACUUUUGGUUAGGACAAUGAAUCUCAUGCAAUGUUUUCCUUUCUCUACCUUGCUUUGGAUGCAGAGCAACACGGUAAGUGUUUUAAUUCUAACAGGUAGUCUCACUAGAGUCUCCCUUCUAACAUCACUCCCAUGUAACUGUCAUUGUAGUGUCCAUGUCUCUGUGGUGGCUCCUAUUGCCAAUUGUAAUUCCACAGCCCCUAUGUACUAUAACAAUGGUAUUCAAAGUCGGGGUUGUGACAAAAACUUAAGUACAGAUUAUUAUUAUUAUUAUUUAUUUUGUUAAGAAAUGCAAUGAAUUGAAGGUUACUUGUUGUUGUAAAAAUAGACAUACUAAUUUAGAUUUGGGGUGGGGUUGCAAGAAUGUGUUUUAGAAAAAAAGGGGUCCUUGCUGAAAAAGUUUGAAUACCACUGUACUAGAAUAUAGCCUGACUUCAGAUAUGUUUUGCUGCCUUGCCAACUCCUAUGGUCAACAUGACAACGACCAUAACAGUUGGGUAUACGGCACUAGAAUGCACUAGCUCGUGACAUCUUCAAGGUUAGUUGUCUUUAAAGGGUGUGUGUGUGUGUGUGCUUGUGCUUGUUUGUGUCUGUCUGCUUGCGCGUGUUUGUGUGCAUGUGUGCACUCAUCCCUCCCCCAGGGCAUAGACCCCAUCCACCAGAUGCGUGUGGUGGAGAUCUUAAAUGAUGGCGAGGGGGACAGGGAGAGUCGGAGGAGCAGGGACAGCCUGUCCAGCGUCAAGUACGAGAGCGGCUCCGAGACCGGCGAGGAAGUGAGUAUGGGCGUAGAGUGGAACGGGGUGAGUACAAAUCCACAACUUAUUCAGUCCCCUAAACUCCAGUGGCCUUAGUGAUGGAUAGAGCAGUCAUACAGAGUACACUGCUGAGCUAAUGGUCUGGUACAGUAGUACACCCGCAGCCCUAAUCCUAAACACUGUGCACACAGUGGUUGUGUACCAAUUCUCCACACUUUUUCCGAAGUGGGUACUUGCAAACCUGUACAUGGAUUUCAAAGGAUUGUUGUGAAAGCAUUAGCUGGAGGGAGUUGUCACCAUUGUUAAAUCCAUGAGAGGUGGGGUACUCACACCCGAAGUGCACAUUUCGGGUGAUGCAUGAAAAAUUGGGAUGCUAACACAGUCAUCAGUACUAAAGUAUGUGUGCAAGGAAAUUAAGGCUGUUCACUCCUGGAUCUGGAGAUGCAUCUAUAAGAAAUUGGAUUCCAGGUAUCUAUACUGUAUCAGUCCACCAGCUCUAUGUAUUAGUGCCCCGUCGUCACUAAAGUGUCACCUGGAAAUACUUUUUGAAAAGGCAAAAAGCUGAUUGAGUGUCUUGGCAUACCCUGUUGUGUAACUCCUGUUCAUUUAAAUACUGGCUUUGUAUGUGUUAACUUUUAUGUGGUGCUUGUAUAUUAUAAUUUCUCAUUUUAGCAGUGAAAUGUCCCUCAGUCAGACACUGGCUGCUUGUCCCCGUUAGGACAUCUGGACUGGUAAUGCUGGCGUGAGUUUUAAUCCCCUUCUCUCCUCUACGAGCCUUAUGGGAAGGAGAGUUUCACUUACUGCACUUGAUGGGCAUUUACAGCCCAGGCUAGUCAGGCUACAGAUCUGCUGCAGUGGGAGGGCUGCCGAUGGCAAUGACUAAAAUAGUGAGGGAUAGUGAGAAGGGAUUUUGCUGAUAGGAACUAUUAGAGUUAACUGCUAGGCUGCAUCCUAAAUCUGCACUGUGUGACCAUAUGGGCCCUGGUCAAAAGUAGUGCACUAUAUAGGGAAAUAAGGUGAUAUUUGGGACGCACCCUACUGAUACUGCCAAGAGAGACCCAGUUUGUGAGUCUGUGCCUCCUCUCACUAACGCACCCAGCUAGCUUUCACUACCCCCUCCCACUUCAAACACGCAUGUUCCACCACUGCUAGCCUGCGAGGCUCACCUUUUAACACGGGCCUGCCAUGUUAAACAUUUGUGUGUGUUUGUGUGUGUGUUUAGUUGGUUUGAAAUGCACUACAUUACCCAUUAACCACCUGCUGUGCUGUGGCUGAUUCAUGUGUCCUCAUAUCCUUGCGGUUAUUUUCUGCAUAUGUUCUUAUAAUCCUUUUCUGAUCUGGAGUUGAUAUUUAAAAAAAGGGUACAGUGUGUAUUUGUUGAAUCGUCUAUGAUGGCUCCAAUCAAGCGCCGCCACAGGGUAUGGCAUGGCGUUGCAAAAUGGAGUGAUAGCCUUCCUUCUUCAAGAUCCCUUUUACCCUGUACAAAUCUCCCACUUUACCACCACCAAAGCACCCCCAGACCAUCACAUUGCCUCCACCAUGCUUGACAGAUGGCAUCAAGCACUUCUCCAGCUUCUUUUCAUUUGGUCUGCGUUUCACAAAUGUUCUUCUUUGUGAUCCGAACACCUCAAACUUCGAUUUGUUCGUCCAUAACACUUUUUUUCUCCAAUUAUCCUCUGUCCAGUGUCUGUGUCUUUUGCCCAUCUUAAUAUUAUAACCGCGAUCGAUAAUAGACAGUACUGUGCAGCCGUUUUCAUUGACCUGGCCAAGGCUUUCGACUCUGUCAACCACCGCAUUCUUAUUGGCAGACUAAAUAGCCUUGGUUUCUCAAAUGACUGCCUCGCCUGGUUCACCAACUACUUCUCAGAUAGAGUUCUAUGUGUCAAAUUGGAGGGCCUGUUGUCUGGACCUAUGGCAGUCUCUAUGGGGGUGCCACAGGGUUCAAUUCUUGGGCCGACUCUUUUCUCUGUGUAUAUCAAUGACGUCGCUCUUGCUGCUGGUGACUCUCAGAUCCACCUCUACGCAGACGACACCAUUUUGUAUACAUCUGGCCCUUCAUUGGACACUGUGUUAACAAACCUCCAAACGAGCUUCAAUGCCAUACAACACUCCUUCAGUAGCCUCCAACUGCUCUUAAACACUAGUAAAACUAAAUGCAUGCUCUUCAACCGAACGCUGCUUGCACCCGCCCACCCGACUAGAAUCACUACUCUCGACGGGUCUGACCUAGAGUAUGUGGACAACUACAAAUAUCUAGGUGUCUGAUUAGACUGUAAACUCUCCUUCCAGACUCACAUUAAGAAUCUCCAAUCCAAAGUUAAAUCUAGAAUCGGUUUCCUAUUUCGCAACAAAGCCUCCUUCACUCAUGCUGCCAAACAUGCCCUCGUAAAACUGACUAUCCUACCGAUCCUUGACUUCGGCGAUGUCAUUUACAAAAUAGCCUCCAACACUCUACUCAGCAAAUUGGAUGUAGUCUAUCACAGUGCCAUCCGUUUUGUCUCCAAAGCCCCAUAUACUACCCACCACUGUGACCUGUACGCUCUUGUUGGCUGGUCCUCACUACAUAUUCGUCGCCAAACCCACUGGCUCCAGGCCAUCUAUAAAUCACUGCUAGGCAAAUCCCCGCCUUAUCUUAGCUCAUUGGUCACCAUAGCAACACCCACCCGUAGUCUGCGCUCCAGCAGGUAUAUCUCACUGCUCAUCCCCAAAGCCAACACCUCCUUUGGCCGCCAUUCCUUUCAGUUCUCUGCUGCCAAUGACUGGAACAAAUUGCAAAAAUCUCUGAAGCUGGAGACACUUAUCUCCCUCACUAACUUUAAGCAUCAGUUGUCAGAGCACCUUACCGAUCACUGUACACAGCCCAUCUGAAAUUAGCCCGCCCAACUACCUCAUCCCUAUAUUGUUAUUUAUUUUGCUCAUUUGUACCCCAGUAUCUCUAUUUGCACAUCAUCUCUUGCACAUCUAUCAUUCCAGUAUUAAUACUAAUUGUAAUUAUUUUGCACUAUAGCCUAUUUAUUGCCUUACCUCCAUAACUUGCUACAUUUGCACACACUGUAUAUAUAUAUAUGUAUUUCUGUUGUAUUUUUGACUUUUUGUUUUACCCCAUAUGUAACUCUGUGUUGUUGUUUUUAUCGCACUGCUUUGCUUUAUCUUGGCCAGGUCGCAGUUGUAAAUGAGAACUUGUUCUCAACUGGUUUACCUGGUUAAAUAAAGGUGAAAUAAAUAAAAAUAAAUAAAUAAUAUUUUAUUUUUAUUGGCCAGUCUGAGAUAUGUAUUUUUCUUUGCAACUCUGCCUAGAAGGUCAGCAUCCCGGAGUCGCCUCUUCACUGUUGACGUAUAGACUGGUGUUUUGAGGGUACUAUUUAAUGAAGCUGCCAGUUGAGGACCUGUGAGGCGUCUGUUUCUCAAACUAGACACUAAUGUAUUUGUCCUGCUCAGUUGUGCACCGAGGCCUCCCACUCCUCUUUCUAUUCUGGUAAGAGCCAGUUUGUGCUGUUCUGUGAAGGGAGUAGUACACAGCAUUGUACGAGAUCUUCAGUUUCUUGGCAAUUUCUCACAUGGAAUAGCCUUAAUUUCUCAGAACAAGAAUAGACUGAUGCAUUUCAGAAGAAAGUUAUUUGUUUCUGGCCAUUUUGAGCCUGUAAUCGAACCCACAAUUGCUGAUGCUCCAGAUACUCAACUAGUCUCAAGAAGGCCAGUUUUAUUGCUUCUUUAAUCAGCACAAAAGUUUUCAGCUGUGCUAACAUAAUUGCAAAAGGGUUUUCUAAUGAUCAAUUAACCUUUUUUAAAUGAUAAACUUGGAUUAGCAAGCACAACAUGCCAUUGGAACACAGGACUGAUGGUUGCUGAUAAUGGGCCUCUGUACGCCUAUGUAGAUAUUCCAUAAAAAAAUUAGCAGUUUCCAGCUACAAUAGCCAUUUACAACAUUAACAAUGUUUCCGCUGUAUUUCUGAUCAAUUUUAUGUUACUUUAAUGAAAAACAUUUCUAAGUUACCCCAAACUUUUGAACGGUAGUGUAUAUGUGAAAUUAGUUUCAGUAUAGUUUCAGUUCAGCUUCGAGGUAAUUUUCGGGGUGAUUAUAACCGGAAGAAGGAGCGGAGCAGUCGCUACUGUUGGGAGAAGGAGGGGCAAUGGGGGAAAACCCUUUUUUAAAAAUGACAUGCCAUCCUAAAACUGGUUAUAACUCCAGUUCUGUUUGUGAUAUUAAGAUUCUAAUAUGGACAGUGUGUUAUAGACUUAUUUAGGAAAAGUCAAGGAUGGAGGGGGGCAUGACUUUAAAAAAUGGCAGAGUAAUUAAUUAAUUAAUUAAUUAAUUAAUUAAUACAAUUCACGAGCAGUCAAAGUUCAGAUUUAAAGUUGGCUUCUUUUUUAGAAAUAGAUCUUGCCUCUCCCUAAGUAGCAGGAAGCAGAAUGUACAGUCAACUUUCCUGCCAGUUCUUGACUAUGGUGACACCAUUUGCCAGAUUGCAGCAGCCAUUACUCUUAAACCUUUGGAUGCAGUCUACCAUAGCACCUUUCACUUUUUCACAGGUGACCGUUUUAAUACUCACCACUGCAUCCUGUAUCAAAAGGUUGGCUGGUCCUCAUUAAAGUCCCUUUUUGUUUACAACUUUGUUUCUAAUGUAUAAAAGAAUGAGCUACCAAACCCGCUCGCAGGAUUGGUUAACUCUUGAGGUCCUUCUGGUCUCUACCAAUUUAGGUAAAUCCUCCUUUAGUUUUAGUGCCCCCAUUGUUGGAAUAACCUACAAAACUCCUUUCAUCUUGAUUCCCUGGUGCCGCUAGGGCAGUUUAGGACUCUGGUGUUCAUUGAGGAUUGAUUGAUUGUAGUGGUUUAUUUGUUGAAAUUGUGAUGUUGAGGUUGUGCCUUGGUAGCUUAGUGGUUAAGAGCGUUGUGCCAGUAACCGAAAGGUCGCUGGUUCUAAUCCCCGAGCCGACUAGGUGAAAAAUCUGUCGAUGUGCCCUUGAGCAAGGCACUUAACCCUAAUUGCUCCUGUAAGUCGCUCUGGAUAAGAGCGUCUGCUAAAUGACAAAAAUGUAAUGUAAAUGUAUUCUUGUUUUAUUUGUAAUGUACAUUUUUCUUCUUGUUUUUGAGAAAAUGUUUGUACUCAGGGCACCAUUGUGAAUGAGACCCUGGUCUCAAUUGGGCUACCCUGAAUAAAUACAUGUUAAUAAAAAUGGCCUUUAAUAAAGGACCCAGCUACAAUAAAUGCGGCCUCAGGAUAUGUGGUUCACAGUUCGUACAUAUUCCAGUGUAGUUCCUUGAGAGCCGUUGCGGUGACUGCUUGGAGGGGAAUAUACACAGCAUUAACGAUGACCGAAGAAAAUUAUCUUGGGAGGUAAUGCGGUCGGCAUUUGAUGGUGAGGUAUUCCAGAUCGGGAGAACAAAAGGACUGGAGUUCCUGUACAUUACCACAAUCACACCAUGAUUUGUUAAUCAUGAAACAACCCCUCCGCCUUUCUUUUUCCAAGGGAGUUCUUUCUUCCUGUCAGUGCAAUGGAUGGAGAACUGAACUGGCUGAAUGGAUGGGGACAAUAUAUCUGGAGAGAGCCAUGAUUCUGUAAAACAGAGUAUGUUACAGUCCCUGAUGUCUCUCUGGAAGGUGAUCCUUGCCCUGAGCUCGUCUACUUUAUUGUCCAGGGACUGAACGUUAGUGAGUAGUAUACUCGGAAGCGGUGGAUGGUAUGCCUGAGUCUGACUAGGGCCCCACUUUUCCUCUUCUCCGACGAUGAAUAGAGCUGCCUCGGGAAGUUAUUUCAAACAAAGGAUCCACCUUUAUCAUCCUAGUGAUGGCCAUGGCAGUUAAAAUAAUAUUAUGGCAAGGGGGAAAAUUGAAGAAAAUGUUUCUCUGUACAUCCAUCUAUUGCAAUGAAAAAAUAAUAGAGAAUCAAUAUUUGUCCUGCUUUAUUUGAAGUGCAUCUUAUGAAGGCUUCAUAAAACAUUCAUAUAGGCUUCAUAAGCACUGCAUAAAUGGGUCACAAAUCAUCUAUAACCGUAUUCCAUCCUCUAUAAAAUAUUUAAUAAAUGUGAACAAAUAAAUUGAUGGUUAUGUCACACAGUUAGGCCACAUUGUGAAUCUUUAUAGAGCAUGAUAUACGUUUAUAGAUUAUUUGUGAAGCAUCUAUGUAGUGCUUAUGAAGCCUUUAUGAUGCACUUCAAAUAAAGUGGGACCCAAUAUUUCAUGCAUUACUUUCUCACUGUGUUGAAGUGAUAGAGCGGUACACGGAUGGUAGUGGUUUUUGGCUGUGUUGCAUGGAAGCAGUUGUGGUCGUAUACUGUGGUUAUGUAGAACUUGUCUCUGUGUGCCUGUGAAAAAUGCAUUAUUGAAUGUGCGUAUGUGCUGUGCUUGUAAUGUAGGUUCCUUUUUGCGUUAGCUAAUCUAAUGCAUCGUCUAUGGAUGUCAUAUUUUUCCUUCUGUUUGUGCCACUACUAACCUACCCUAUUGAUGAUUAUCCUUGCCAUGGCAACCAAUCAGCCUGUCAAUCAAAUGUUCCUUUCCUUCAUUCAGUGGAUUUUACUCUUCCUUUUGAUUCCGCCAUUCUACUAAGGUUGGACCAAAGCUUGGGGGUUGGGGCGGGUUGUUAUGGUCAGAAAACAGACCAGAGUAUCCAAGCUAAUAUAACUAAUCUAUUAUAAUGUAGUAUUGGGGUGGGGUUAGAAUGUGCGCUGUUAUCUCUUAUAGACUACCAUAUGUUAUUCUAACGUACCUAAAACCAAAAUGUUUAUUCAUUACAGGUUUUUAAGAUAUGUUCAUAACAAUUAGUUAGCCUGCAUUGAUAUGAUCAAGCCUAAUAUUUCAUACUGUUAAAUACAUAUUACUCUCUUGUGCCCCGGCAAGUUUCUUCACUGCAGUAUAACAUUUGUAUGGAGGGAUGGAUACAUUUUCAGGUAUUAUAUCCAUAGAUCAUCAGUCAGUACAGACACCUCUCUCUGCCAAGCCUCCCCUUAUUGUUAGUUCUAUGACUGUGCUGCUGCAGUGCUGAUGCUUGCAGAUGUCCUCCGGUCUGCAGUGCACAGUCACUGGCUGGGCUCUGUGUGCCAGGUUCACCCCUGCCUGCCUGCCUGCCUGCUCAGCAGAGCCCACAUACACAGUACAGCAAACAGCUGA